AUGAUAACCGCGUUUCACUCCCAAAUCAGGCUAUCUCUACCUGACCAGUCAUCUUGCAGUAAAACAUUCACAAAUUCCGAAAGUGGUGUGAUACAAUCUCCUGGAUACCCUUACGAUUUCGACAUCAAUUUGCUUUGCAAUUAUGCUGUCACUGUGGCCCCUGGUUCACAGAUCAGUCUAACAUUCUAUGAAGUAGAA